AUGUCGGACGACGACCAGCCCUUGGUGAAGCGACAGAAGACGACCAUGUUCGGCCUGCCAUCACCAGCGACUCCAGGUCUGAUGUUGACCGCGAUGCCCACCGUCGUAAACGCAGCAUCAUCAGAUGAAUCGACUACUCUCGACGUUUGCGGCGAAGGCGACAUUGUGCUGAUGGUCGACACUGUUGGAGGCUCCACGACACCCAUCGGCAUUCGUGUCUCAAGCCAGGUCCUCAGCAUCACGUCUCCUGUUUUCAAGCGCAUGUUCCAGACAUCAAACGAAGCCACAGGAGGCGUCAAUGGCACAGCCUGUCGCAGCGACAACGCAAAGGUCGUGCGCCUGCCCGACGAUGACGGCGAUACGAUCUUCCUCCUCAUGAACGUGCUUCAUCUGCGCAACGACUCCUUGCCAGCUCGCAUCGAAUCCAACGCUCUGUCCCACUUCGCUGCCAUGGUCACCAAGUACGACUGUGUCAACGCCGCUGGCCGCGCCGCCUCCACUUGGUUCGACCACAUCUACGCAAAGUGCAGCAAUCCGCCACUCUUUCAGAUGGUCGAAGCCGCAUACCUCCUCAACGACGCCGUCUGGUUUGCGCGCUUCACUAGCCGCUUCGUCCUCAAUGAGCGCCUAGGACAAGAAGCUUCCAAGCUCGCCAGUCACCCCGAACGAUACGAUCUUGCAAACGCAGUCCUCGCCCGUCAGCGUCAAGCCAAAGCGGACCUGAAAUGCGACUUAGACCUCCUCGUCGAGCCAUGCGCCGAAGCCCUUGCCAGCAAUACCCAGCAUCUCAUGGGUUGCGCGCCUGAUGACGACAAGACUGAUUUCGAUGUGGAACAGCGACCAGAAGGCUGCUACGUGGACAAAGAAGGCGGGACAGAAUGCCUGGUGAAUCUGCGCGACGACAACCUCUGGCCGUCUACCCGCUGGUCCAACAUUCUCCGUACGACAGUCGAUGCCAUCGCCGUCCACAUCCCUCCCGACCUCAACAGGAUCGACGAAUGCUACUUCUGCAUCGAUGUGGAGGAGAAAUUCGCGGCGGCUCUUCAGCUCGUCCGAGCCAUGCACAAGGACCGCCUGUGGGGCCUGUGCUUGGACUGCUACAAGCACAACGGUCUUUACAUCGGAGAGUGCCGUUACGAUCAUUUCAAGAUCUCGACAGUCGCGGCCGCGACUUAUCGACCCGCAAAUGGCAAUUGA